GCCUGCCAAGCACCGUGGCUCUCCUGUGCUCUCUGAACAGUUCUUGGCUAAGAAUGUACCCAGAAGCCAGGUCUUUAAUGCUUAAUAUCUAAUUAAUUAAAUAAACACACAAGUUACAAGAUGCCACUGAAUGUGAUACAGGCUGAUAAUUAAUUCAUGGAUGUUGGAUUUACUAUAACAUAAGUAAAAAUAGGUAUAAUAGAUUACUUUUGUGGAAUAAUGGUGUCUGGUUUAGCUGUAUCUUAGUAAGAAUAUAAUGUCUGUUGUCCCUACUCUCUGUGAAUGGUUCAUAAACAGCAGUUGCAACUUAAAUGUGGUCAUUGUUGUCAUGUUACAAUAUGCUGUAAGUUUAACCUCCAGUUUUUCUCACUGUAAAACAUUCACUUAAUGUAAGUUGCAGCUUCCUGUGCUUGUUUUCUCCUUGUGUUAGUCAGUAUAUGUACUCAAUGCAGUAUGUUUUGGACCUCAGAUUUAACUAUGUGAAAUAUCGUUACUAUUCAAGGUCAGUACAGCAUGUAUUUGGUAUAGAAGCAUGCAGCAUAACAAGACUGCGUGAACAAACUGCCUUUUCAGCUGCAUGUUCUUGGGAAGUGAACAUGGGGACUUUGUUUUGUUUUUCACUAAUUUCCAAAGGAAGCCAGGCUUACACACAUCCUCUGUAUAUUUGUGUUUAAAUUUGCUAAUUUCAGUCAGAUCUUACAGAGGGGAAAAGGCAUUAAGAAAUGGAUUUUCAUUAAGCUUCUGCAAAGAAAGGGUGCGAUUAGAGGAAGGUGUGGUCUUAAUAUUAAAGGAAAAACUGCAGCACAAACUCAAGUCUUGUUGGACAUCAAAGAAUCUGCAGAAGGAGAAGCUGUUCUACAUAAUCUACCCAGGAGUGCUUUAGUAAUAACUCAUACUUUACUAGACCCUAUGGAAUUAAUUCUUCCACCAAGAUUCUUCUCAGAGGUGGAUUUGCAGUAGCGACAUAAACAUUAAAUGGAAACAAAUUGGCAAUUGCCCCUUCAGGACUUGGGACUGUUGUAAAACUGGAGGAAAUGAAAACUCACGAUUGGCUCUGGUCGAAAACACUGCCUUCUGGAAAGAAUAAGGAGGUUCAUUCCAAUGAUGGAUAAAAAAGCCAAUGCUAAAUCAUCUAUCAUUUUCACCUCGGAUGCUGUUAAAGGACACAUGAAGAAGAGGGAUGGAACAUUACGAGCUGCAAAAUGGAAUGCUUCCUUAGCAUCUAAAAUUAAGACUAAGUUAAUAAAUAACUCAUCUGUGUUAAAAGUAUCUUUAAAACAAAAUAAUAAAGCAUUAGCUGUGGCUCUGAGCGUGGAGAAAGAAAAUUCUCGGAAGCUCAAGAAUGAGAACAUCCUUCUUCAGAAGGAAGUAGAAAAGCUCCAGCUUCAUAAUAUCUUGCUUCGUCGAAAACUAAGUUGUUUGAAUACAACUCUUAUAGAAAUAGAAGCAUUUUUGAAUUAUAAACUCUUAAAUGCAAUAGAAAUAAGCAGUCUUUCUGAGAGUUAUCUUCUGUCAGGUUGUCCAAGUAGCCCUACUGAUGACCAGUUCAAGAGUACCUGUCGUUCUGCUAGAUCUCUAGAAUUGCCAGUGAAGCUUCCUUUAAUUGCCACAGCUAAUGCAAAACAGCAAGAUAGACCUUCUUUGUAUGAAUUACCAAAUUCUCCUAAGUGUACCACUAUUUUGCCAAAGAGAAUGCAUUCAGGUCAAGUCAAAUUUGCAUUAUCAUUGCCUUCUGGUACAAAUAAUCAAAAGUUAAUUGAAAUAGACUCAGUGGAAACAACCAUUGAUAAAAAUAUAUUUUUUAAAGAAAAUCAAUUACACACCGAACUAACUUGCGAUAGUGUCCUCCUGACUCAUGUCAAAAAUACACAAUCUCUAAGACAGCCUGAGGAGCUUACAAAACAGCAUGAUGAUAGUUCAUUGCCACUCAGUGGAAAUGUGACUGAAAGGAAGAAAGAUAAAGAACUUCAUAAGUCAAAACCUAAACUUAAUAUAAAGGAUUUUGAUAAAAAAUGUAGCUCAGAUAAUCUGCCUUACCAUGGUAUCAACAGCAUCAGCAACACUAAUGAUACAAAUUUGCAGGAAAGUUCAAGUGACUUGUCUCGCAUUAAUCCUUCAGCUCUUAAAUUUAACAAUGAAAGUAGGACAGAUUUUAAGAAGCUGCUUUUGACUGAUAAGAUGAGGCGUGAAGAAACUGUUUAUGAUGCAGAUAUGGAAUUGACUGCCAGUGAUGCAGGAGAACUACUUGCAGUUACAGUGAAAGAUAAAGAUAAGUUACACCAUAAUAAAAACAGUAAUGCCAAUUCUGAUGAUAAAAUAUUAACGAAUUUCAGAAAAGCAAAAUAUUCUAAGAAGGAUAAAGAGAAAAUUAAAAGCAAGACUGAAGUCCAUUCAGAUUUGUAUGCAGAAGAAAGGCACACAAGGGCUGACAACAGUGAAGUUUCAAAAACUAUGGAGUCACAAACUCAACUAUUCCAAAAUCAGACAGAACAGCUACCUACAAGAAAUCCUGUAGGGAAGCUGAGUACCAGCAAAGAUUGUCAAGCACAAAAUUGCCCAAGUGAAGCUAAAUGUACUCGGAGGACAGACCAAGUUAACUUAAGGAGUCCAAGAAAACAGGAGACAGAUAAAGAAACUUGCCCAGAAACACUGAAAGACAUGGAAAGCAAAAUACAAAAAGCAGACUCAAACUCAUCUAUUAACCAGAUUGCGCCAGAAGUUUACUGUGCUGAAAAUUUACCAUUCCAAGGUAACACUUCUAAUGUAUUGCCUUUACAGUUGGACUUUAUUCAUGCAAAUGAAAAACAUAGCAGCCCAAAAAUAAACAGGAAGACUUUUCAAACCCCUUCUAAAAUCAACACAGCAAAAUACUGUAGAAAGGAAAGCGGGCCAUGUGGAGAAUACAUUUCAAAAAAGUCUCAAACAGAAAUAGACCAAUACGACAGCAAAAGAAAACAAGACCAGAAGAGAAUCAUAAAGAGAAAAUACAGCAACAAAAGAAGUUACAGCCAAAGUGAAGAAACUGAAAGUGACAGCAUUCAUAAAACUACUCAGAAAGCAGACCAAAAGCUUAGACAUUUUUCGCCAGGCAGAUUAAAGAGAACGUUGGCAAAGGCUAGCCGAAAAGCAUUUAUAAUACCAAAAGAAAAUCAUGCACAGUUCUCACUUCGUAAAAAUGAAGACUUAACAAAUCAUUUGCAUGCAGAGGCUGUACAUGGAAAUAAAAUAAGUGAAACUCCAGAAAUGGAAGCAGCUUUAGUUACCCAGAAUGAUGUAGCUAUGAAUACACCACAAGAUAAAGAACUAGUUGAUGGUGAUGCUUAUAAGUUAAAGAAAGUAGAUCCCUCAUCAGUGGCACAUAAACAGCCUCACAUUAGUAAUUCUCCUGAUAAUCGGGUAAAGUGCAAACAGAGGUUUAGUUCUGAUACUACUGAGACCAGACCAGAAAUAAAUUAUUCCAAGCAUCUUGAUCAGGGGCCACAGAAUAUCUUGGAUAACCAGGAAGGCCCUCAUGGGAUAGAUUCCUUUAUGAUCAAGUUAAAGGCCACAGCUCAAAAAUCAGAAGGUUUUGAAUUCUUACCUCUCAAGUGUUCUAGGAAUAUGCCCUUAAAUGUAGAUAGCUUUUUCCAGGAAGGUCAUUCCAAUGUGGAGCUCCCAGUUCUUGACAACCACAGUGGUUCCAUGAACUUCUCAGUACUGAAAAACUCUGAAAUCAGUGAGGAAAAUGAUCAUAAUAAAGCACUGGAUGCUGGAAAAGCAGAAAAAAAAAUGGAUCAAAUUUCUAAAGAGACUCACAAAAAGACUCUGACACCUUGUCAUGGGAGAAAGAUCUUGCAGGAUGUUACAAAUACUAGUAUACAAUCUCAUGCUUCUUCACCUAAAUCCUGCAAAACCUUAAAAGAAAACUCAGCAGCACCAUCUACACGAACAAGAGCCAGUAUUUGCUACAAAGAGCCCAGAAUAAACAGCAAAUUAAGGCGUGGGGAUCAGUUUACAGAUACACAAUUUCUGAAUUCUCCAGUCUAUAAAGUAAAAAAAAGAAGCUUUAAAAGUAAAUCCAAAUUGAUUUGAAGAAAAGCAAAUUGCAUUUAUGAACAAUCCAUCUAAAAUGGGUACAAUUUUUGAACUAUAUCUAUAUGGUUAGCUGUAUAGAGUGUUUAUUGUUCUUUGAUUAGUGAAAGUCUUCAGGUAUGGAAUUUCCUGGAAGGGAGUCUAUAUAAGGGACACAGAAUACUUUACUGAGGAAGGCAAACACUGAGGGUAGGCUUUACUCUAUAUUUUUCAUUUCUGAUCACUAGUUUAUAAUUCUGUUCAAAGGCUUUGCAGCACUUCUUAAUUUGUAAGAAAAUUGUAUGUUUUAAUGAUAAUCAAAAAAUAAAUCACCUUUGGGAA